GAGAGGAGGGGAGCGGUGGCGGUGGAGGGGGGAGAGUGGGGAUGUGAGUGGGAACGAUUGGGACUCGCAAACUGUGUUUGCAGAGGAGCAGCCGUGACCGGGGGCCGAGAUCGGUGGAGAUCGCCCCACAGGAGGGGGGGACAUCACACACACACACACACACACACACAACACACAACACAACACAACACACAACACCAGAAAAAAAAAGAACUAAAUAAGUGUGGAGUCCGCGCGGCCACAUAUCGCUUGAAGAGUGCGGGAUUGACCUCGAGAUGGGAGAAGACGGGGUACAGGCGGAGAAGAGCCUCUGCGAGGCCGGGAAGACCUCCCCGCGGGCAGGGGGGGAGCAGAGCCCGGACCCCCAGCCCGAGCCCGAGCCCGACCCCGACCCCGAGCCCAGCCCCAGCCCCGUGUCCAGCCAACCUCCCAGCCCGGGACCCAGCGGGAAGGUCCCCCCCGUCCCCACCCCCACCCCUCCGCCUCCGCCGCCCAUCUCGGUGGAAGCCAUCCGCCAGGGCAGCGGCCAAGUGAACGCCAUCACGGUGCUGGCGCUGCUGGACAAACUGGUCCACAUGCUGGACACCGUGCAGGACAACCAGAGGAAGAUGGAGCGGCGGCAGAUCCAGGUGGAGAGCUCGGUCCGGGGCAUCCAGAGCGACAUCAGCAAACUGUCCAAGAGCCACAGCUCCACCAGCGGCACCGUCACCAAACUCCUGGACAAGUCCCGCAAGGUCGGCUCCAACGUCAAGGAGAUGCGGGAGCGGCUGGACAGGCAGAGCCUGCAGGUCAAGAGGCUGGAGGCCAACCAGACACAGUUGCUCAAGAAGAACAACUUUCGCGUCCUGAUCUUUCAGGACGAGUCAGACAUCCCACCCGCUGCAUUUGUGGAGAAGCCAGCAGAGGGGGCAGAGAAUGAGCGUGUGGACGAGAACAAAUCCCUAGCCGAUGCCCCUCCGGCCUCGCUGGAGCUCUCGUCGGAUGAAGAGGCUCAGGCGGGGGGAGAGGCUCACGAAGAGGAAAAGGUUGAGAAACUGGAGCAGUCCAGGGCCGCCAAGAUCAAGAGGUCAAGUCUGAGAAAAGUCGACAGCAUCAAGAAGGCCUUUUCCCGAGAGAACUUCGAGAAGAGGAUGAAUAGAUUCGGCACCAAGAUCGUGUCGCCCGAGAGAAGGGAGAAGAUUAAGAAGUCGCUGACUCCCAGCAACCAGAAGACACAGUCUCUCAAGGCCUCCAGUUUCAAGGUGUCGCCCAUGACUUUCAACGUGAAGAAGGUCAGGGAGGGAGAGGCAACUCCAAAGAGCCCCAGUGACCCACUGAAACCCGAUCAGUUCGGUCCACUGGCUGCAGAUGGCAGCUUGUUCCCCGAAGUGAGCUUGGAAAUGUCCCCCAGCGCCUUAGCUGCUGAGGAGGGUAAAGAAGGCGUGGUUGGCACCAUCAAAGAAGUGGACGAGCCAAAGCAGGAGAAGAACGAGGCAGAUAUCGUGGUGGAGAACGAUAUGUGGGGCAGCGCGGUCAAAGAAGGUAGCAGUACAUUGGCGAUGGAUGAUAAGUGGGGUGCUGGGGUCAAAGAUGAUAGUACCGAGGCGGUGGACAGCAAUAAGUGGGGCAGUGGGGUCAAGGAUGAUACCCUGGCGAUGGAUGAUGUGAAUUGGGGCAGCGGGCUCGAUGAAGGUAGUACAUUGGCGAUGGAUGAUGAUAAGUGGGGCAGCACGGUGAAGGAAGGUGGCACAGAGGCGUUAGACAGCGAUAAGUGGGUCAAUGAAGCGGGGGCGGCUAAGCUUUCUUCCCCAAUACGACGGGCAGGUGAGCCACAAGCCGAGGCUCAGUUAGAUAUCGAGCUGCACAUUGUGGAGGAUGAGGCAGCUGUGUUGCAGAUACAGCAAACAGCCUAAAGCUCCCUUGGCGUGCAGCACCAUAUAUGUGUGUUAUUAUUAGCUACUGUAAACUGCGGAGGGGAGGGGGGGGGGUGUGGUGAGGAGGGAGGAAGAGGGGAUGACUACCAGGCAAGACUAGAGAGGGCUACAGCAUGUUGUGGAGGGGGAGGGGGAAGAUCAA